UCUUCAUGACGACCGAGACCCCGACCAGGACGUCGAUGUGCCGAGACGACGUUGCCGGGACCGGCUCAAUCCGCUGGAGCAUUUCAACGAUUGGGAGUUCCUGGUGCGCUAUCGUUCUACAAAAUCGACAGUCGUAAGCCUCCUGCAGUGCCUGCCGCUGGAAGCAAACGAGAGCAGUCGCGGCCUGCCACUGUCCCCGAUGCUCCAGCUCCUCGUAGCGCUGAGAUUUUAUGGCGCCGGGACUUUUCAAGUAGUCACGGGCGACCUUGUGAACGUGUCGCAGCCGACGGUGUGCCGCGUAAUCGAGCGCGUCUCCCGGGUCCUCGCCGAGACUAUCUUCCCCCGCCUCGUGGAUUUCCCGGAGGGUGACUGCGACGAGGUCAUGCGGGAUUUCUACAACAUCGGGAAGUUCCCCAGUGUGACUGGGUGCAUCGGCUGCACCCACGUCAAAAUAAAGGGACCUGGCGGUCCCAAUGGGGAAGUCUUCAGGAACAGGAAGGGGUUCUUCUCCCUCAACGUGAAGGCCAUCACAGGACCCCAGCUGCAGUUUUUUGACAUUGUUGCUAGGUGGCCGGGCUCUGUGCAUGACAGCAGGAUAUUCGACAACAGUCGUGCAAGGGUCCUGUACGAGAAUCAGCGCAUCCCUGGCCUGCUGCUCGGAGAUGCAGGCUAUCCCUGCAUGUCAUUUCUUCUUACGCCCCUGACCAAUCCAGGUGUCGCCAACAGCCCAAAGGGCAGGUACCAAGCAGCUCACCUAAAAACAAGGAACUCGGUCGAACGGGCAUUUGGAGUGUUCAAGCGACGCUUCCCAUGCCUGGACAUGCGGCUGCAGUACAAGGCGGAACGGUCAGCCCUCAUCAUCACCGCCUGUGCUGCACUGCACAACCUGGCCCGGCUGCGAAAAGAGCCAUGCCCACCCGCUCUACCCUCUCCACCAGUGCCCCGACGCCGGAGGCGGCUGCGUCCUCAUGUACUGCCAUCACCUCCAGACCCUGUCGACACAAUCAACGACUCGCUGAAACGCACACAGAUCAUCGCACUGUGUUUCCAAUAA